CCCGGUACCGUAUAGUUGCUACGUCCGGGGUGCAGGAUGACGCCAGCUUCUCUGGCGUAUACGUACAGCCAGACAACUGGCAGCCUUUCACUUUUUGAGCGCAAGAACGGCAGAGCCUUUGAAGUGAGAACUCCCCCAAUCCAAGGGAUGCCCGUGGGAUGCCCCUUGCCAUCGAGGCCAGGCCGGCGUAGACUUUGGUGGUUGUCUCAAUUUCGUAUCAUUAUAGCUGCAAAGCUGGCCACUGCAGCUCGCGAUGCAGAACUCGCUCUGAUUGACAAGCUGGAGGUAAAAUCGCUUCCAAAAGGUCGCGAGCAGCAAAUUUUCUUUGCGAAGAACAGUCACAGUGGUCUCGCUUUCAAAACUAGACUUCAGGUUGGGAAUUUUCCAUCGGCGGUCGCAUCCUCCUUCCAAGGUUACAAGUCUGCCCCCUACAACAAUGGCUCCCCUGCAAGCUGCCCGGUCGGGCCUCUUGCUGCCGCUGCUGGCCCUCAUUGCCCUCUCAUCUCUGAAGCCAACCCUGGCGGUGCGUCUCUCAUCCAACAUCUGCGCAACCAACAACUAUGAGUACAAGCUCAACCUGCUACCUGCUUCGGGGUGGUACUUCAGGGGCUCAGGCAACGACGACUUCUGCAACGCAAACCCCCUGCUCAAGCAGUACCUGUGCAACGUGGCCGCGUCCCCUUACUGCACCGAUGAGACCAAGUCUGAGACCUGUGCGGCCGCCAGCAGUCCCAGCGCGUGUAACGCAGCCUCCCGCGUGUUCAGCGUCAUCAUCGACAGUGAUUGCGACUUUGUGGUGUUCUGCGAGUAUCGCUCGAGCAUCACUCCGGUGUCAACGUCUUCUCCCCCGGCCCUGACUCCUUCUGCGCCCCUCGCGACUCUGCCAGUGGGCACUCUGCCGGUUGCCACCCCUCAGCCGUUGCUGGUUUCCCUUGCACCAAAGCCUGGUGACGUGGUUGUACUGUCCGCCUUUGCCCUGGGGAGCGCGGAGUACACCUGCAACGCUUCCAACGCCCUUUUUGACAACGGGACGCUUUCUGCCACCCUCUAUAGCGUGGCCAAUGGCGCCGUCCUUGGGAACCUUUCCAAUGUUGUGUCGCUCCAGGGACAGCGUUUGUCCAUUUUCGAUCUGAGCAAUGGCUCCGUGACAAUUGAUAUGUCAACGUCCCGAACCUUUCCGUCACCGACAAGCAUUCCUAGGGACGGUGGCUAUGGCUCGCUCAUGCAAACAUACUCGUCAGCCACGGGAACUGGCGCUUUCGCCACCGUCAGAUUUGCCACAACGAGCGACAUUUCGGGGGGCAUGCUACCACCCAAUGCUCCCUGCCCGGUCUUUGCUUUCCCAACGCAGACCCUGCGUCCGUGGAGUGUGCCGUAUCAAGCCACUUACAACUUUUUCAGCGCGUAUACUCUUCCUUGAAGCAAGCUGAGAAGAUUGUCGGGUUUGAAGAGAGAUAUCAUAGAAUCGAGAGUAUUAUGUUAGUGUAAUUUUACUCAUACUUUUGGACCUCUACCUGUAGAUAAGAGUAGUCACCGCGUGUGAGCUAGAUCAAAGUGGACUGUGAAAAAACUUUACUCAUACACCCAGGCACUGGCAGGUAGAGAAGCACAUGACGUACCAAACAUUUCCGACCUGCUAAACAUACGCGGAUGUGGUACGAUGUAUGUGGACCCAUCGUGACUUCUGAUCAUUAUCACGCAGACCAUGAGGCCCACGUGGUGUCAUAUUGUUCGUUGAGUUGUUAUCAUAUGUCACUUAGAAGUUUUUCAAAUCAAUAGCGC